AUGUUCAAAUCUGCUUUUAAAACAAUAAAUCAACCUUUGAUUCAAAAAUUUAUUGCAGGUGGUGUAGGUGUUACUGGAUUAACCGCAUCAUAUCUUUUAUAUCAAGAUUCAAUGUCAGCUGAUGCAAUGACAGCUGCAGAACAUGGUUUACAUCCACCAGCUUAUAAUUGGCCACAUAAUGGUAUGUUUGAAACAUUUGAUCAUGCAUCAAUAAGAAGAGGUUUUCAAGUUUAUAAAGAAGUUUGUGCAGCAUGUCAUUCAAUCGAAAGAAUUGCUUGGAGAAAUUUAGUAGGAAGUUCUCAUACAACUUCUGAAGCUAAAGCUAUGGCGGAAGAAGUUGAAUAUGAUGAUGAACCUGAUGAUGAAGGUAAACCAAGAAAAAGACCAGGUAAAUUAGCAGAUUAUAUUCCAGGUCCAUAUGAAAAUGAACAAGCUGCUAGAGCUGCUAAUCAAGGUGCUUUACCACCAGAUUUAUCAUUAAUUGUUAAAGCAAGACAUGGAGGUUGUGAUUAUAUAUUUUCUUUAUUAACUGGUUAUCCAGAAGAACCACCAGCAGGUGUUGUAUUACCAGAAGGUUCAAAUUAUAAUCCAUAUUUCCCAGGUGGUGCAAUUGCUAUGGGUAGAGUAUUGUUUGAUGAUUUAGUUGAAUAUGAAGAUGGUACUCCUGCAACAACUUCACAAAUGGCAAAAGAUGUAACAACUUUCUUAAAUUGGGCUUCAGAACCAGAACAUGAUGAAAGAAAAAGAUGGGGUUUGAAAGCUUUAAUAGUAUUAUCUUCAUUAUAUUUAUUAUCGAUUUGGGUUAAAAGAUUUAAAUGGACACCAAUUAAAAAUAGGAAAUUCAGAUUUGAUCCACCAAAAAAGGAAUAA